AUGACAGACAGUACGACAUCUCGACAACCGCCUGGAUCUACACCUGCCGCACCUAAAGUAUCUAACCCAUAUACUCACUCAAGAUUCGGAACUCUCUUCUCUCGACAAUUACCGAAUUACACCGGAUCUUAUCAAGUUGGAGUCUUAGAUGUUGAAUAUCCAAUUGAAAAUCAGACUAUAGGAAGUUUCAAACAUCGAAAAUUACAUACUUCUGGUCAAGCUGGAAUUGAAAUUGAUACUGUCCUUUUCAGUUUAUUUUAUCCAUGUCAAUUAGAUCAAACUCGUCCAGAUGGAACAGUAUGGUUUCCCAGGGCGUCCCCUACAGUUAACGGGUUCUUGAAAAUGGCAGGGAUUGAGAAUUCUUUGAUCCGGGCUUUAGCUUAUGUAGGAGCACUUUCAGCUGUUCAUGGAUUGACAUUCCCUUCUCAUCAACGAGCACCUAUACUUCCACCACCAUCAGAACUAGGAAAAUGGCCUUUGAUCAUAUUCUCACACGGAGUGGGAUGUUCCCGUCUGAUGUAUACACACAUAUGUGGUGAAUUGGCAAGUAGGGGAUACGUAGUUGCUGCUGUAGAACAUCGUGAUGGCACAGGACCAAGUGCCAAGAUCACAAGUGAAGAUGGGAAAGAAAGGGAUGUUGACUUCUUACGAUGGACAGAUCUCGACUGGCCAGAUCGUCCGGCAGAUGAUCAACCGAAAGAUGAUAAUACAUUGAGACAUGAUCAAUUGAAAAUACGUAUGGUGGAAAUGGAAAGCACCAUUGAUAUCAUACGGAAAAUCACAGAUGGGACUUUGGAAGAUGGUAAAGGUCGUUUAUUAGCAAGUAGGACUUUUGAUUGGAGUACUUGGAAAGGUUUGGUCGAAGUUGGGAAAGGAAAAGUUUGUUUGGCAGGUCACAGUUUUGGUGGAACAGCUGUUAUCGCUGCAGCUGCGAAUCCUCGUUUCGAUCCACAUUCGAUUAUAGCUCUUGAUCCUGCUGUAGAGAGACUUGAACCUUUUAACGGUACUAUCACUUGUCCUUUAUUAUCAGUGAAUUCGGAAGAGUUUGUCUUGUCAGAAGAUUAUCAAAGACUCAUUCGUAUAUCAAGAACGAUACAGAACGAAAAACACGUUUUUGCAAUUGCUGGAUCUACUCAUCCAUCAUUCUCUGAUGUGUUCUUGAUUACACCCAGUUUUGUCGGAUCAAUGACGGGACUUUCGGUACCUUCAUACACUGUAUUUCCACCGACUGUACAAGCAAUAGAAGCGUUCCUCAAUGACGGUAACGCAGGGACACUUGACUCUUUGGGCUCACCAAUCGAUGUCAUGUUAUCGAAACCUAUAGGUAAACCUGGUACUCUACUUCGUCAGGUCUUCUCAUGA